UCACAGACUCCGCCCCGCCCCUUCGGCCUCUGAGCUCAGGCCUCGCAGGAGCCAACGCAGUGCGCGCUGCGACACCUCCUAGCUUGGCCGGCCUCGCCGCCAUUUCCUCGCCCGGGCCUAACGGUUCAGCCAAUCCCGGCACACGUCGGGGAGGCCCGGCGCUCUACCAAUCGCAGGCCGCCCGCCCCGACCCUCGCCCUGGCGCAGCCCAAUCGCGGCCGCGGCCCCUCCGCCCCCAGCCCGCCCCCGCGGCGUCCUCUCUCCACCCUCUUUGUGCGUCUCGCGCCGCCGCCGCCCGCCGCGUGAGAGGACGGGCUGUCCGCGCUCCUCAGCUGCAUCGUCGGGUCCCCUCCCCCCAGGAAGGUUCGCGAAGGAGAAGCCGUCGCCGCCGAGGAGGAACCGCUGCUGCCGGUCCCCUGGGGCGCCAUGGCGACCGGAGCGAACGCCACGCCGCUGGACUUCCCCAGUAAAAAGCGGAAGAGGAGCCGCUGGAACCAAGACACCAUGGAACAGAAGACAGUGAUUCCAGGAAUGCCUACUGUUAUUCCCCCCGGACUUACUCGGGAACAGGAAAGAGCUUAUAUAGUGCAACUGCAGAUAGAAGACCUGACUCGUAAACUGCGCACAGGAGACCUGGGCAUCCCCCCUAACCCUGAGGACAGGUCCCCUUCCCCUGAGCCAAUCUACAACAGUGAGGGGAAGCGGCUUAACACCCGGGAGUUCCGCACCCGCAAAAAGCUCGAAGAGGAACGACAUAACCUCAUCACCGAGAUGGUUGCCCUCAACCCUGAUUUUAAGCCACCUGCAGAUUACAAGCCUCCAGCAACACGUGUGAGCGAUAAAGUAAUGAUCCCCCAAGAUGAAUAUCCAGAAAUCAACUUUGUGGGGCUGCUCAUUGGGCCCAGAGGGAACACCCUGAAGAAUAUCGAGAAGGAAUGCAAUGCCAAGAUCAUGAUUCGGGGGAAAGGGUCUGUGAAAGAAGGGAAGGUUGGGCGCAAAGAUGGCCAGAUGUUGCCAGGGGAAGAUGAACCUCUUCAUGCUCUAGUCACUGCAAAUACAAUGGAGAAUGUCAAAAAGGCAGUGGAACAGAUCAGAAACAUCCUGAAGCAGGGUAUUGAGACCCCAGAGGACCAGAACGACCUUCGGAAGAUGCAGCUGCGAGAGUUGGCUCGCUUGAAUGGCACCCUGCGGGAAGAUGAUAACAGGAUCUUAAGACCCUGGCAGAGCUCAGAGACCCGCAGCAUUACCAAUACCACAGUGUGUACCAAGUGUGGAGGAGCUGGCCACAUUGCCUCCGAUUGCAAGUUCCAGAGGCCUGGCGACCCUCAGUCAGCUCAGGAUAAAGCACGGAUGGAUAAAGAAUAUUUGUCCCUUAUGGCUGAGCUAGGGGAAGCACCUGUCCCUGCAUCUGUGGGCUCCACGUCUGGGCCUGCCACCACACCCCUGGCCAGUGCACCUCGGCCUGCUGCUCCUGCCAACAACCCACCACCACCGUCUCUCAUGUCUACAACUCAGAGCCGCCCACCCUGGAUGAAUUCUGGUCCUUCAGAGAAUCGGCCAUACCAUGGCAUGCACGGAGGUGGUCCUGGUGGGCCUGGAGGUGGUCCCCACAGCUUCCCACACCCAUUGCCCAGCCUGACAGGUGGGCAUGGUGGACAUCCCAUGCAGCACAACCCAAACGGGCCCCCACCUCCUUGGAUGCAGCCACCACCACCACCGAUGAAUCAGGGCCCCCACCCACCUGGGCACCAUGGCCCUCCUCCAAUGGAUCAGUACCUGGGAAGUACGCCUGUGGGCUCUGGGGUCUAUCGCCUGCAUCAAGGAAAAGGUAUGAUGCCGCCGCCACCUAUGGGCAUGAUGCCGCCACCGCCGCCGCCUCCCAGUGGGCAGCCCCCGCCUCCUCCCUCUGGUCCUCUUCCUCCAUGGCAGCAGCAGCAGCAGCAACCUCCGCCACCCCCUCCGCCCAGCAGCAGUAUGGCUUCCAGUACCCCCUUGCCAUGGCAGCAAAAUACGACGACCACCACCACGAGCGCUGGCACAGGGUCCAUCCCGCCAUGGCAACAGCAGCAGGCGGCUGCCGCAGCUUCUCCAGGAGCCCCUCAGAUGCAAGGCAACCCCACUAUGGUGCCCCUGCCCCCCGGGGUCCAGCCGCCUCUGCCGCCCGGGGCCCCUCCCCCUCCACCGCCUCCGCCACCUGGUUCCGCCGGCAUGAUGAUCCCUCCCCGCGGCGGCGAUGGCCCGAGCCAUGAGAGUGAGGACUUACCGCGCCCAUUGGUGACCCUUCCAGGCAGACAGCCUCAGCAGCGCCCCUGGUGGACAGGAUGGUUCGGCAAAGCAGCCUGAGUUAUUUUUGUGGACGGAAUCGGAACACGCUGGCUCCAUAUCGUGAAAUUUUUAUUAAUUUUUAUCUUUUUCCUUUGUUAUCUCCUUAUCUCUUCCUUUCUUCAGACUCUGUCCAAGGAGAUGCUCUCCCCGGUCUCUGCUGCAGAUAGAACCCUUCCCUUGUCUCCAUUCCUCCUCCUUCCAAGGAGAAGGGAGCAAAUGGUUUUAGGCACAGGCUUCAGCCAUGAACGUCAGGCUGGGGAGGGGGCCCUUUGGUUCACAACCACUCCCAAAGAUGGCAUAUGUUAAGUGUGGGGUUCAUCUUUGCCACCUCUUUCAAGAGUCUUGAGAUUUGUGACAUUGCCAGGUUGGAUUAAUCAGCCCUGGGAUCCACAUCUUCUCUCCUGCCAGCAGUAGGCAGCAGAGCCCGAGCCACCAUAGGCCUACCUGCCGGCCUAGAGGCCUUUCCACAGUCCUGCCCACCUAGGCUGCCUCGGGUGCCAUUUGCUCCCUCCUUUCUGGAAAGCUUCCCUUUCUGUUUUAUUUUAACCCCAGAUGUCCGGCUGUUUGCAGUGUCUCAGGGCUUCGAGCCCCUUGUUCUUUGUUCUGCUUCUUUGCCCCUUCCCUCUUCAUGGAGUGAUUAUGUUGACAAUGAUGUGUAAUGCGCGUUCUCUUCACUGGUUUAUCUACAGAAAUUUCUCUGGGCUUUUUUUCGGUGUUUGAUUCAACACUGCACUAAAGGGGGGGAUAUUCCAUUGAAUAAAAGAGCAGUGUGGUUUUCUGGGUCUCCUUUUCUUUUAACUCCCCUGUACCCAUAGCAGCACCAAAGUUGCCCCAGCUCCCCUUUUCCUGGAGCCAAGCUGGGACAUUAAUUUCUUCUACCCGUCUCACUGUAUGGGUGUGGCUCCAGGCCCUCCUGCUCCCCCUUUCCAGUUCAUUAGCUGAGAGCCAGCCUCACCCCAUAUUUCUGGUCUCUGUCCUUUUGAAAUCUUUUUCUUGAGACUUAGAGCCCCCACAUUUUAUGAGCUCCACUUGUGAUUUGUGCCCACUUGCUGCCACCUGACUAAGGACCUGGGCCUGGGGAGGCAUCAGCACAAAAGGUCAAGCCAACUAAUCCUGCCUGUCAGGCACAGAACUGCUAAAAUUAAAACUGCCAAGUGGCUUUUUUCCUUUCUCUGCUGGUGACUUAGAGCCUGCCAGCAUUGCAGGCUUUGGGGAGGGCGGGGAGACAUGGCGUCCUUGUGCUUUGUGAGCAGCUCCUUGGGAAGGAUCUUUGUGCAUUUUCAUAUCUUGGGCAGAGGAUAGAUAGUACCCAUGUAGUACCAGAAAAAUUUCACCUUACGCCUUUGUCAGACAUCCAAGUCCUUGGAUGCUGUUGCUAGGCAGAGCUACCCUGUUUGCCUCUUCUGGCCAGCAGCCUGCCUGCAUUGUGCUAUGGCCCAUCCUCAGAAACCUUGUCUCCUAACCAAGCCCUGAACUAAAGGCUUUUCCCUUUGUCCUUACCUUGCAGCACGGGGCAGGCCUGGCUACCCUCUUCGACCUUGGCUUCACCUCAUUGCUUCCCCCACAGUCUUGGUUUCCCUGGUGGGCUCACUGGGCGGUUAAUUAGCUCUUUGAAGCUCUGGAAGCUGCAAAGUGGCGCUAUGUGGGUUUUAGAAAUAAAAUCAAUAAAUGACUUAA